AUGGCUCACGAAAACGUUUGGUUCUCCCACCCAAGACACUACGGUAAGGGUUCUAGAAAGUGCAGAGUUUGCGGUACUCACUCUGGUUUGAUCAGAAAGUACGGUUUGGACGUCUGCCGUCAGUGCUUCAGAGAGAAGGCUAAGGACAUUGGUUUCAACAAUGAACAACUCAAAAAGGACGGCAAUCUCAAGGAAGGCGUCUAUGUGAGAGAUUACGACGACCAGCCGAAAUCCUGGCAAGAUGUCAGGGACACUCUAAGCAAGAUCCUGGAUCCAGCUCUCAAAGAUGAGCCUAGGGAGGAACUACAGAAAGACCUCCAGCAUGCAGAGAUCAGGACAGACUCAGUUGAGACGACUGGUAAGCCAAAUUAG